GCUGAUUUGUAGGGGCAUGAGAACAGCCCAUGAACGGUAGCCCCCAUAGAACUGUGUGGUAGCUGCGCACUGCUAUUUCCGGUGAUAUGGUGAUUACUUCCGUUUUCCUGGAUCAAUAUGGCGGCGCCCAUAACGUUGCACCUGGAGUUCGGAGGAGGGGCGGAGCUUCUCUUUGACGGUGUGAAGGAUCACCAGGUGACACUGCCCAGCCAAUCACAGCCCUGGGACAUGAAGCAGCUGCUGGUGUGGAUCAGGGCAAACAUGCUGAAGGAACGGCCUGAGCUGUUUGUGCAGGGAGACACAGUGCGGCCUGGAAUUCUGGUCUUGAUCAAUGAUGCAGACUGGGAGUUGAUGGGCGAGCUGACCUAUGAGAUUCAGGACCAGGACAGUGUGGUCUUCAUCUCUACACUGCAUGGGGGAUAGAGGAGACUGAGGCCGGGCAGACCUUUGGGUACCCCUGCUGAUUCACACCCAUCAUUUUUUGGCAUCUCUGCUGUCAACUUUAAGAGCUCCUAGUUGGUCUCUCAAGAUCCACCAGUGGUACAAAACCCACCGCUUAAAACAGGAAAAAAGGAAACUGACUUAUUUGAAGAAACAAUGGAUCCUUUAUUUUUCUAAAUUGAAUGCACAUGAACACAGGUUACAAGAAGCCAGCUCAUACUCUGACCAACUAAACAAGUCAACCCUUGAGGUUGUUGUGGAGUAGGCUGGACGUCCCUUAGUGGUGGAAAGUUCAGAAGAUUCUUCAGGAAGGCAUCAUGGGUAACCAGAGAUCCUUGAAGAUUCUCCUUUUUCAUUUGGGAGGCUUGGUUUUCAUCAUUAGAUCAUUUGCAUUAUUCUAUUUUUGUUAUGAAUGAAUUUCCCUAAAAUAUUUGAACUGUUUUAGUCGAUUAAAUAUAUUUCAAUUAAGCUGACAGAUGUUUUGCUUUUAGUGCUCAGCUCAUGCAUGCAAACUGUCCUUGUAUUCAUGCUAAUGGAUAGAAUAGCAAAAAUAUAUGUCCAAUCAUGACAUUAGUCCUAAUUAAAAUUUUGAGGGCAGACGUUUGUCUACAUCUCUACAUUGA